UUUAAGUCCUUCAUUUCAUCUCUGGCCUUUGCAAAACAGAUCUGCCGCAUCCGUCACUCUUCCAUCUGCCGCUGCCGUUCGUUGCCCCUGCCGCUUCCGCCGCUUGCCGUGCUCUUCCUCUCCUCUCCGCUGAUCCUCUCCUCUUAUCUGCACCGAACCGCUGCUUCUCUCCUCUCCUCUUCUCCGCUGCCGCCGCCUGCUCUAUAACAAGUUUAUAAAUGGGGACCCUAGGCAGAGCAAUAUACUCCGUCGGGUUCUGGAUUCGUGAAUCUGGCCAAGCUCUUGAUCGUCUCGGCUGCCGUCUGCAAGGAAACUACUACUUCCAGGAAAAAUUGUCUAGGCAUCGCACUCUGAUGAAUGUAUUUGACAAAGUACCUGUGGUUGAUAAUGAUGCAUUUGUGGCUCCUAGUGCUUCAAUCAUUGGGGAUGUUCAAGUUGGUAGAGGAUCUUCUAUUUGGUAUGGUUGUGUUUUGAGAGGUGAUGUGAACAGUAUUAGUGUUGGAUCCGGAACUAACAUACAAGACAACUCCCUUGUGCAUGUGGCAAAGUCUAAUCUAAGUGGGAAGGUACUGCCAACUAUAGUUGGGAACAAUGUUACUGUAGGCCAUAGUGCUGUUCUCCAUGGCUGUACGGUUGAAGAUGAGGCUUUUGUUGGUAUGGGAGCAACACUUCUUGAUGGUGUUGUUGUUGAGAAAAAUGCCAUGGUGGCUGCUGGUGCCCUUGUAAGGCAGAACACAAAGAUACCCGCAGGAGAGGUGUGGGGAGGCAAUCCUGCAAAAUUUCUCAGGAAGCUAACUGAUGAAGAGAUAGCCUUUAUCACACAGUCAGCCAUCAAUUAUUCUAAUCUUGCACAGGUUCACGCUGCUGAGAAUGCUAAGCCUUUUGAUGAGAUCGAGUUUGAGAAGGUGCUUCGCAAGAAGUUUGCACAUCGGGAUGAAGAAUAUGACUCAAUGUUGGGUGUUGUUCGUGAAACCCCGCCUGAACUUAUUCUUCCAGAUAAUGUCCUACCAGAUAAAGCACCCAAGGCAGCUUAAGGUAUUUUCUUGAGGUGUUUUUUCCUAAUUUGAAAUUUCAGAUGUGACUUGUGAGAAAUAUUAUUGGUUUGCGCAAAUAUACGAAGAAGGGGCACUCUCUUUUGCAAUAAUACUAGACAUAUUUUAGGGAAGAAUUAUGUCUCCUUUUUAGAUUUUUGCUCGGGUUCUUGUUUUAGAACAUAUUUAUUCUAUGGGAGAAGUUAAUGCCAUAAAAGCACGAACUUUUUGAUGUUUA